AUGGCGACCGAGUCCGUGCCCAGCGGUGUGAUCGAGAAGGCGUCGCUGUACGACAUGAUCGCAUUUUGUCGCCUGGACGAGCUGCAAUACAAGUACCGACUGAAGAUUCAACUUGCGUACGGGUCGACCGUGGCCGACGCCAUGCUGUUUGACGAAGUGGCGGAGUUGCUGCUCGGCGUAUCGGCUUGUCGCCUAAGGAGCGAGAUCCUGCCCAAGCACCCGAGCCUGCCUCAAGUGCUGGAGGAGCUCUUGGUCGGACUGCGCGUGUCCUUUUCUUUCCAACGUCCAGCCCCGAAGCGCACCGCCAAGCAGACGCAGUUCACGAGAGAUCUCAAGAUCGUCAAACUGGAGCCGCUGCUGCCGCAACUUCUGCCGGAGCCCGCCGCGACCUUCGCCGUCAACCUGCUACAGCAGCAUCAGCAGAGGUCGACCGAUCACCAGAGAUGGUGGCGCGGUGCUGUGCUCGUUCGACUCGGCGACCCGUUGAACGUUGAAGUGGACACGCACACGGGGCGCGAUGCCUUCACAGCGUACCAACACCCCAUCCCAUUCCGCUCCGUGGUGCAAACACGUUCUCCUUGCGUGAACAUUUCUACAUAG